ACAAUAUUGAAAUACCUAAAAACAUUGCUCUCUAUCUCUCUCAUCUCUGCCAAAGAACAAACGACUUUCAUGUUUUUCAACUUUUGAACUCUCUCAUCUCUCGCGAUAGGACUCCAUCAUCAAAACUCUCUCUCCCUUUCUCCUUUACCUUGGAAUCUGCUUUUCGUUUUCCUUCACCUCCCUUGAUCGUUCGCAAUAGAAAUUUUAUAUAAAUUUUGAAUUCAACGUUUGCUGUUAUAGUUGGAUCAAAUGCCUACCGCUGGCUCCCCACGGUGGCAGGAGAAGGCUAAUGUUUUCUUUUCUUCCUCAGGGGCAAAGCUCAAAGAAGCUGGGCAAUCAGCUGGAACAUUUGUGGGAGAUGUUGCAAAGGAUGCAAAAGGUAAUGUUGCUGAUGUAGCAGGACGGUUUGGGUCAGCAGUUAAAAAUAGAUGGGCGUUUCUUCGGGAGCCAGCGACCAGGCAUGCGUUGCAGGAAAAUUUGAUAACUGCAGCUGCUACAACCGGCAUGUUCUUGAGGAAGGGCCUAUCAGACACAAAGGAGAAAGUUGCUGUUGGCAAGACAAAAGUUGAAGAGGUAGCAAAAAAGACUGCUCAGAAGAGCAAGACAAUUUGGACUGAUAUUGAAAGAUGGCAAAAGGUACAAUAUUUUGACUUUCUGAGGCUGCUUUCUGUUAUGAAAUGUUUUUUUCACCUUUUUCAUUUUCGCAUUCACUUAUAUGUUUUGAUAUUCUCCUUUCUUGUCCAUUUCCAGGGAGUUGCAAGCACUGAUGUAUUUGGAGUCCCAGUUGAGGUCACUGUACAACGACAACAAUCCAGCAGGCUUGUUCCCCAUAUUUUGGUCAAAUGUGCAGAUUACCUCGUAUUAUCAGGAUUAAACGCAAUGUACUUAUUUAAGGAUGAAGGAGAUAUAACAGUUAUUCAGCAAUUGGUUUCUUUAUACAACCAAGAUUCCAAUGCUUCAUUGCCAGAAGGUGUGAAUCCAAUUGAUGUGGCAGCUCUGAUAAAAUGUUACCUUGCAAGCCUCCCAGAGCCCCUGACAACAUUUGAGCUCUACAAUGGGAUUAAAAGUGCUCGUUCUAGCAUACAAGCACUGAAAAACAUCCUGAAGAAGCUUCCUACUGUAAACUAUAUGACCUUGGAAUUAAUCACUGCACUGCUGCUGUGUGUCAGCCAGAAGUCAUCUCUUAACAAGAUGGAUUCACGAAGCCUUGCCAUGGAAAUAGCCCCGAUCAUUAUGUGGCAGAAAGAGCAGAAUCCUGAUAGUUACAAGCAAUAUUGGAGUCCCACAUCAAGAAGUCCUUCCAAGAAGAGCAAGGAUCCAUCACCUACCUUCAGUGCAUGGGACAUGCUUUCAGAAGACGGUGAAGGUGAAGGUGAAGGUGAAGGCACAGAUGUUUCGUCUCCCAUUCCCCUGGAUGACGGUACGCCUGUGGAUUUUGGCGCUAUUGAGGUUGUUCAGUGCCUCAUAGAACAGCACAAUACAAUUUUCACAGAUGCAAAUGAGACAGUUUGGAGGUGAGUGUAAAAAUCUGAGAGCACCUGUUUCCAGGAUUCCUCAUGUGACAUUAUCCAUCCAUUUGGACAGUGGAAUGCUUGAUGUAGUCAACCAUUGCUCAAUAGCAUGCAGUACAGCUUAAGCCAAACCUGAGACUAUCAGAUGUGGUUCUGUAAAUGUUGUGGUUAGGAAGUUUUAUGUUCAGAACUAUUGGUAUUUGAAAGAGCAUUAUUUUGCCCUAACAAAUUUGUUUGGGAAAGGAAGACCAAUAAGACAUGUAAAGCUGAACAGUUGCUUUCUUCAGAAACUCUGGUUUGGUUUAAGGAAUAUUUUCCGGAAAGAAAAAUUGAUUUUCGACUAAAA